AUGGCGUCCUUCUGCGGGUUGAUUACCCUCCUUCUGCUCUCCUGCCGCGUGCAGGCAGCUGCUGUCUUUGCCCACUUCAUGGUAACAAAUUCCCAGAACUACACGUCCGACACUUGGGAGACCGACAUCAAAUUGGCCCAGGAUGCGCACAUUGACGCUUUCGCGUUGAACAUGGCCUACGACGACGCAACAAACUCACUAGCCCUCUCACUUGCCUUUGAUGCCGCUGACGACCUCGGCUUCAAACUUUUCUUCUCAUUCGACUACGCAGGCAACGGAGCCUGGCCCAUGGACGACGUGAUUAAUCUGAUCGCCGAGUACAGCACACGCUCCUCGUACUACUUUUAUAAAGGUCAGGCUUUUGUCUCUACAUUCGAGGGUCCCAACAGUGCCGAUGAUUGGACCACGAUCAAGGCUUCGACGGACUGUUUCUUCAUCCCGGACUGGUCCUCACUCGGGGCCAAGGCUGCCGUCGCCAAGGGGGUGGUGGACGGGCUUCUGAGCUGGGCUGCCUGGCCCUGGGGCCCCCAGGAUAUGGAUACCUAUACAGAUGCCUCGUAUGUCCAGUACCUUGACGGCCUGCCCUACAUGAUGCCUGUGUCGCCGUGGUUCUUUACCAACCUACCGGGCUACGAUAAGAAUUGGAUGUGGCGCGGAGAUGAUCUCUGGCACGACCGCUGGCAGGAGGUAUUGUUCGUGCAACCCGAGUUUGUUGAAAUCUUGACGUGGAACGACUACGGCGAGUCGCACUAUAUCGGCCCUCUUUAUGAUAAUGCAAUGGCUGCGUUCUCAAUUGGGGAGGGGCCGUAUAACUAUGCGACGGAUAUGCCGCACGAUGGAUGGAGAGCUACUUUGCCCUUCUGGAUUGACAUGUAUAAAGAAGGCACGGCGGAAGUGACGGAGGAGACGAUUAUCGCCUGGUACCGGUUGAGCCCGGGGGCAGCGUGUGCCAGCGGAGGAACCAGUGGCAACACCGCCUCACAGCUGCAGAUUGAAUUCCCGCCGGACGAAAUCGCGCAGGACAAGGUGUUUUACUCGGCGGUUCUCGGGUCUUUCUCCGGGGUGAUGGUUUCCAUUGGCGGUGAUGCGGAAACCGUUGCUUGGAGCUCGGUACCGGACGACGAUAUUGGUGUUUACCACGGCAGCAUCGACCUCGCUGGCCGCACAGGGGCUGUGACCGUCUCACUGAUGCGGGACAAUGUGAUUAUUGCCACUAUCGAAGGCGAGGACAUCUCGUCGGCUUGUACCGACGGCAUCACGAACUGGAACGCUUGGGUGGGCAGCGCAACCGCCGGCGCAGUGUCAGCCAGACCAGACCUCUCUCUCUCCGAGCAGAUUUGCAUGAACGGAACCGGUGCCAACAAUUUCGAAGGGCUGUGCGAGUUCGCCUGUACUUACGGGUACUGCCCUCUGGGGGCUUGCACAUGCACUCAGAUGGGGGUCGGCUACGAGAAGCCCAAUGCAACCGGGUUGGUGGGCUACCCUAUUUCAGGCGAGGACGCCAGCUAUAGCGGGCUAUGCACUUUCGACUGUAACCUGGGCUUCUGCCCCCCAACAGCCUGUGGGACGGUCGAGGUGCCGCUGUCAACUCCAACUGUCUCGGAUUUCUCCCCGCCAGCCUGUAUCUCGGGAACCGGCGACGGCAACCUUGCAGGCCUUUGCAAUUUCGGCUGUGCUCAUGGCUUCUGUCCUAUAAAUGCUUGUACUUGCAUUGGGGAGGGUGCGUUGAACGUCAUGGACCCAACCAGCGAUGUUGUGGGUGUUGCAGCUGCUGGACUUGACGCUACUGUCUAUGGUCCAUUAUGUGCUUAUGCUUGUGAGCGUGGAUACUGCCCAUCAGGAGCCUGCGCAAACUCGAGCAGCUUUAGCUCUGGAUCUGGGUCAGGCUCUGGCUCUGGCUCUGGCUCUGGCGAUGUGUACAUUGCGCCUUCUAUCUGGACCGAGCCUGACCCCGUGGUGCAAUGUGAGCCUCCAUGCUCCCUGAUCAUGCCUCCGCUGCCGCUAGACACUCCAUCUACCAUUUCGAUCCCACCUUGGGAGACACCCAUUACCCAGAGCAUCUUGACCACACGAACUACAACGGACGGGGAUGGUUCAACGACCUCCUACCUUGGCUAUAACAUGACCACGACCACCAUAACUGUCUCCUUCCCAACAAGUGAGUCCAAUUGCCCUCGCCAUUCCACAACCCUGAGUACUGUACCUCUCCUAAGAGUCCUACUAACCCUAACUCAGCCGUCCUCACCGCAAUCCCCGUCUGGGGCGUCACCAUCAACGCCAGCGUGA